ACACACACACACACACGCGGAUUCAAAUCAUCUCUGAACCGCAGAGAUUCUCCUUCAGUCGCUUCGUGUAUUUACAGCCGCCGCUGCGAAAAACCACUAGAUAGAAUGGGCACGAGCUGCUCUUCUCGAAUCACAGCCGUUUGGAGAUAAGAGGGCGGAAACGCGAGUAAAACAGACAGAAGAGAUAGAAAAACAGAGGAGGAGCGCGAGAAGGCCGAACCCAUCGAGGGAGCGCGAGAGCAGCCUAGUUUCUCACGCGACAGGCGCGCGGCGCUCCAGUGGAUUUGCGUCUCAACCCGACGAGGACGAAAACACGCCCGUAGCAAACCGUACAUGUGGAUUAUUCGCGGAAAUUUCUUAAUUUCCUCCUCUUCAGAAACUACAUAAACGUCCAGUAGCGAUAAGACCUUCACCUUCCGCGGAGAGGUUGGUGACUGCCAGGACUCAACGCCCCAUGAUGUACAGCGUUUGUGACAAGACCACACCCACUUUCAGUGUGUAGAGGAAGUUGCAUCGUCAGCAUGUCCUCGCACCCUCAGUCAGUACCUCAGGGUCGGAGGGCUGUGGAUGCUCGUCACCUUCCUAGUCCUGCCACCCUUCCUCUGCAGCUGAGAGCCCAUGCGGAUGUUGGUGGACUGUUGGACUACCAUCCUCAUGCUCGGGACUAUGGUUCCCAUUUGUCCCAUGGAUCGAUGGCCCCACCUCAUCGCCGCAGACCAUCCCUUCUCUCUGAAUUUCAGCCUGGCAGUGAAAGAGGUCAAGAGCCCCACAUCCGAUAUGAACACAUUUACCUACAGGACCCCGGCAGCCAAUCAGAAGUGGAAUACUCCGAGAUCAAGCGUGCUCGCUUGGAAAUCGGGACAGAGUCUCUUAUUCGUCAUUCAGCUCAUCGUCAGCCCCUUACGGUGGGUGGAGCUGAGGAAAUGGCAAAGGAACGCAGCAGCAGCAGUUCCAUUGGAAAGAUUGAGCCCAUCUCUCCCGUGAGCCCAGUGCCCAUGGAUCCCGACCUGGACCUGGUUCCCUCUCGCCUCUCCAAAGAGGAGCUAAUACAGAACAUGGACCGGGUGGAUCGGGAGAUCACCAUGGUGGAGCAGCAGAUCUGCAAACUGCGUAAAAAACAGCAACAGCUGGAGGAAGAAGCUGCGAAACCCCAGGAGCCGGAGCGCACCAUCUCACCUCCACCCAGUGAAGCCAAACACCGCAGCCUUGUCCAGAUCAUCUAUGAUGAAAACAGGAAAAAGGCAGAGGAGGCUCAUCGCAUACUGGAGGGACUCGGACCCCGAGUAGAGCUGCCUUUGUAUAACCAGCCGUCUGAUACCAAGCAGUACCAUGAGAACAUCAAGAUAAAUCAGGCAAUGAGGAAGAAGCUUAUUCUGUAUUUCAAAAGAAGAAAUCAUGCUCGCAAACAGUGGGAGCAGAAAUUCUGCCAGCGCUACGACCAGCUAAUGGAGGCCUGGGAGAAGAAAGUUGAGCGCAUCGAGAAUAACCCACGCCGCAGAGCCAAAGAGAGCAAAGUGCGGGAGUAUUACGAAAAACAGUUUCCUGAGAUCCGCAAACAGAGGGAGCUGCAGGAGCGCAUGCAGAAUAGAGUGGCUCAGCGAGGUGGGGGUUUGGCCUCAGCAGCCCGCAGCGAACAUGAGGUUUCUGAGAUCAUCGAUGGCAUCUCGGAGCAAGAGAACUCAGAAAAGCAGAUGCGUCAGUUAGCUGUGAUUCCUCCCAUGCUGUUUGAUGCCGAGCAGCAGAGAAUAAAGUUCAUCAACAUGAAUGGGCUGAUGGACGAUCCCAUGAAGGUCUACAAAGACAGACAGGUCAUGAACAUGUGGAGUGAACAGGAGAAGGACACUUUCCGUGAGAAGUUUAUCCAGCACCCAAAAAACUUUGCCCUGAUAGCCUCCUUUCUGGAGAGAAAGACAGUGGCUGAGUGUGUCCUGUUCUACUACCUGACUAAGAAGAAUGAGAACUACAAGAACAUUGUUCGCAGGAGCUACCGUCGCCGAGGCAGGAGCCAGAAUAAUCAACAGGCACAGCAACAGGUGAACCGCAACAAUCAGGAAGAGAAAGACGAGAAGGAGAAAGAAAAGGAGGGAGACCAUGAGGAGGACAAAGCAGAGGGAGAUGAGAAAGAGGACGGCAUGAAAGAUGACACCUCUGGUGAGGAUGGAGAGGAGAAAGAGCCUCCUGUAACCGCUAAAGGCAGGCGGACCGCAAACAGCCGCGGUCACCGGAAAGGACGAGUCACUCGCUCUAUGACCAACGAGCAGGAAGAGAACACUUCACCACUAAGCAGUGAGCUGGCUAAUCUGGAGAUGAAUGAAAGUUCUCGCUGGACUGAAGAGGAGAUGGAGACCGCAAAGAAAGGUCUGCUCCAGUAUGGCAGAAAUUGGUCUGCUAUCGCCAAGAUGGUGGGCUCCAAAACAGUCUCCCAGUGCAAGAACUUCUACUUUAACUACAAGAAGAGACAGAAACUGGAUGAGAUUCUGCAACAGCAUAAAAUAAAAUCGGAGAAAGAGCGUAAGGCCAGACGUAAAGGUAAAGCUCUUCAGAACGAGGAAGCCAGCGCUCCAUCUGCUGCAGAGGAAGAAGAGAUGGAGGGAUCGGGAGUCAGCGGCAAUGAGGAGGAGGCUCAGGAGGACGGAGAGGGUGGAGCCAAUAACAGCUCAGACACUGAGAGCCUCCCUUCCCCACGCUCCUCAGAUGACAGCAAGGUCAAAGAAGAGGGCUCGGCACGGCCCAAAACUGCACCCACUUCCUCCUCGUCCUCCACGGACAAGGACAUGGCAACUUCGGACAAGGGGCCGGAUGAAAUGCCAAAAGUGGAGGAAGGAGAAGUGGAACAGGGAGGAGUGAAGCUGGAGGUAAAGACCGAACCGGAGGAGUGUGAUAAGGAGGCAGCAGGAGAUGAUAAGAAGUCUCCUGCCCUGGAGGUGGAGGAGGGCAAAAAAGAGGUAAAAAAGAAAGAGCAUGGAGGAAAGAGUGGAGCUCAAGACAGCGACUCCAGCGCCACAUGCAGCGCAGAUGAGGUGGAGGAGACGGAAAGCUCAGAAAAGAACAGGCCGAGUUUGUUGAAUUUCGCCCAUGAUGGAGUGAUCACUUCUCCAGUUCAGAAACCACUGGACCUCAAACAGCUCAAGCAGAGAGCAGCUGCUAUACCUCCCAUAAUGCCAGAGAUGUCAGUAGCAGGACGUGAUAACCGGCCCAGGUUGCUGGGGAAGCAGCAGGCUAUGCCUCACGCUCUUGCAUUGUACCAGCAGCAGAUUACCAUGGCUCAUGAAUCUUCCCAGGAGGCCAAACAGCAACAAUCACAGCCAACCAAAUCUCAGCAUAACACAGGAGGUGGAGACUCAAGCAGCCCAAGGGUCAGGACUCGCAGCCCUGGUGUCUCUGAGAGAGAGAGAGAAGAGCUGGAGGGGAACGAGAGAUGGCUUCAGGCUCUGCUACAUGGAUUACAUAAAUCUCGGGCAUUCUCUCCUCUUGCGGAUGGUAAAAAGAUACCCGGGGCUGAUGACGUUCGGGCUGUUGGUCUAGGCCGGCCAGUGAUGUCACCAUACCAGCUCUCUCCCAGAGACAUGGCCAAACUCAGCCAUGAACAACUACUACAAUACAGUCCCUCAUUGGCACCCACUCUACAGCCACAGGAGAGAAUGGCUGCAGUGCGGCCUCUCCAUAUCCCAGAACCCCCUCCUCUCAUCUCCUCUGCCAAACCUGGUGGUUCCAUCACGCAGGGUACUCCAGUCCAAUUGCACAACCCUUCUCAUGGCUCCGACCAUGGGAAAAUCCCAGCCCCAGGAUCCAUGGCUCUCUCAUGGAUGGACCAGAGGAAAAUGGGAGGGUUUCCAGUGGUUAAACAGGAGCAGUUAUCUCCACGCGGAGCCGUCUCCUCUCAGACUGAGAAUCUCUCCUCACAGGACAGCACUACAUCACGGGGCCCCAUGCCAGCUGUUCAAGGUGGCAGCAUCACGAAGGGCAUCCCGGGCACACGUGUGCACCAAGAACCUUCCAUAUCAUAUCGAGGAGGUUCAAUCACUCAGGGCACUCCUGCAGAUGUCUUGUAUAAGGGCACAAUAACCCGUCUGAUCACUGAGGACAGCCCUAGCAGAGAGAGAAGCAGAGAAGAGACUCCUUCUAAGGGGACCUUAGUCUACGAGGGCGUCAGUGGACACAUCCUCUCCUUUGACCGGGGUCCCAAUUCUAAUGAAGAGGGUCGUGGAGACCUGGCUGGGCUGAAGCGGACCUAUGACAUGAUGGAGGUUGGCAUUUCUCGUGUGCCACCCAUGAGAGACUCAAUAUCUGCCACUGAAGGCUUGGUCGGUCGAGCAAUGCCUCACGAGCGUGAUAGUCCUCAUCUACACCACAUCCGUGGAUCCAUAUCCCAAGGAAUCCCACGUGAUGACUGUCAGCGCCGGGAGGUUAAACAGAUGAAAAGAGAGGGUUCCCCAUCACCCCGUGGCCCUGGUCAUCCCACUGACAUUCUUAAAUCACGCUCUCAUGACAGUAUGGUGACCACCGUCAAAGAGGGAGGACGCUCCAUUCACCUGAUCCCUCCUGAGGGGGUUGUGAUAGGCAAGCCUAAGGAGGGCUCAAUCACCCAGGGUACCCCUCUGAAACAAGAGCCUGUUGGCUCGUCCAAGCGCCAUGAUGUGCGGUCCAUCAUCGCCAGCUCUCCUCGGCCUUACUCUGGACUGUCCUCUCAUCUAGAGCUCAGGCCUGAGCACAGAGGGUCUGACAGGGCUCGCUAUGAGGAGGUUGGGAACAAAUCACGACCCAGCGCUGUGGUCAGCACCCCCAGUUCUCUGUCCCGUACAUCUCCAUUGGCAAUUAGUGGAGAGCAGAGCAGCAGACCCCACCACAGUCCAGUGGGCUAUGAAGAUCACAAACGAUCCGGCUACCCUCCACCCUCACACAGAGCCUCUCCACUGUCUGGCAGAGAAACUUCACAGCGUGCACAUGAAGGCUCAAGUAAGGCCCAGCAGCAGGAGAGAAAAGCCACUCCCACCCCUCGAGAGGUGAGCUCCACCAAGUCUCCACUGGCAGUUAGUGAGCACACUGCGUCUUUGGCCUACGAGAGGAUCCUGCAGGGGCUGGGAACGGAUAUGUACCAUGGCCAGAUACCUCUAACAUUUGACCCCGCAACUCUGCCCAGGGGAAUCAUCGAGCCAGCAUAUUAUCUCCCCCGUCACCUGCACCCUAGCCCUGGCUACCCUCACCACUACUCACCCUACCUGAUCAGAAGUUUCCCUGAAACAGCAGCCCUGGAGAACAGACAGACGCUCUUCAAUGACUACAUUACUUCCCAGCAGAUGCACCAGUGGCCAGCCGCUGCUGCAAUGGCUGCCCAGAGACCCGACCUGCUCAGAGGCCUUACACCUCGAGAGCAGUCUCUUAACUUAGCCUACUCACCCACACCCAGAGGAACAUCUGCCUCUCCCAUGGAUCGUAUCACAUACAUCCCAGGAACCUCUCCAGCUUUCCCCAGCGGAGCCUACAACACAUCUCCCAUCUCACCAGUGGGAGCCUCUCACAUGAGCAAGAUCCAAGGUGGUUCAACUUCCUCAGAGAGAGAAAGAGAGAGGGAGAGGGAGAGGGAGAGAGAGCGGGAUCGUGAGAGAGACCGAGAGCGGGAUCGAGAGAGGGACAGGGAACGAGACAAGUCUCUCGGUCAUGGUAACGUGGAACAUGCCCCUAUUUGGAGACCAGGAGCACCAGAACAGCUUGGUGGCAGCAGCAGCAGCAGCAGUUCUCGUCCCCCGUCUCAUCCAUACAGUCACCAGUCAUCUCCGCUCUCCCCUCGCCCCCAGGACAGCCUGCAGCAGAGACCUAGCGUUCUGCACAACACCAGCUCAAAGAGCCUGGCCAAUUCUGAGCACAACAGUCCCUCUGUGCUGCGGCCACCAGGAUCUGCUCGCUACCAGGGCUUCAGUGGGCACCUUCGGUCUGGUUUAGCCAAUGAGGGUUACCCAUCUGUUACAGACUCAAAUGCUAAAGAUUCAAAUAGAGACGGGGGCAAAAGCCAUGGGCGUGGAGGUCUGCCCAAACAUCAGGACCAUUCAUCCUCUUCCAAGUCUGACCCCAAGCUGGCCAGCCCUGGUGCCGGUGGGUCAUACCCCUCUCCGUACAGCCAGGCCCCUGGUGCCCACCUCGGUCUGCCCACAAGUCGAGGGCACCCCUUGCUGGCUUCCGAAAACAACCGCGGCAGCAGUUCCGUCCCAUCCCGUGGUGGAGAUGGCAUCAGCAGCGCGUCAAGUAGGGAAAAGACUCAAAACAAAGUGAUGUCCAUACAGGAACACGAACUUCGAGCACUCGGUAAGACCACCAUGACAGCGGCCAACUUCAUAAACGCGAUAAUCAUGCAUCAAAUUUCUUGUGAUGCGGCGAUGCCAGAGACUGGUGCGCUCGCGACCAACGGCACCUGUGAUGCUCACCAAAAGGCACUAGAACAGCUGUACGGGUCUGAGGACAGACUUUCUCCAGGUCAGCAGCCGCCUUCUGCUGUCAAAGGCUCUCAGAGAGUAGUCACCCUCGCCCAGCACAUCAGUGAGGUGAUCACUAAAGACUACACACGGCAGUCGCAGCAAGGCCAGAUAGGGGGUCAAUCAUCUCUACAGCCUGUGUUUGGAUAUCACAACUCCCCUGUGCUGGAUCUCACUCGUCCUCCCAGCGCUCCCCAAGCCCAGACCCCCACAGACCCCAACGCCCGCUACACCCCAGAAGGCACUGCUGCUGAGAGGGAGAGAGGGAGAGACAGGUCUCCUUCUCAGAGCAAGACCUCUCCAGUGAGUCUGGCUGCUGAUGGGAUUGAACCGGUUUCACCACCAGGGGCCGUUUCAGAGCCAGAGACACCAGGAGCUGCUUACCCUAAUGAACAGGCGGAGCAGGGUAUGGGAUCUCGUUCACCGGCCAGUAGCUCUCAACAUCCAGCCUUCUUCAGUAAACUGACUGAGAGCAACUCUGCUAUUGUCAAGAGCAAGAAGGAAAUGAUUAAGAAGAUGGUGGUUGGCACAGAGGCUGAAUUCAACCCGGGCCAACCUGGGACAGAAAUCUUUAACAUGCCCGCCUCUACAAAUGCAGUACCCGUGAGUGUGCGCAGUCACCCGCCACCAGAGGCUAGCGGUAAUACUAUAGGUCUGGAGGCCAUUAUCAGGAAAGCUCUCAUGGGCAAUUAUGAUGAACAGAUGGACGAACGCUCACCGUCCAACUCUGUCAACUCGAUGAGUGUUGGCGUGCCAGCUUCAGCGGAUGGGCGUUCUGAAGACCCCUACUCCCUGCCAGUUAAAUCCAAAGGAGGGCGCUCUAAUGGUCGCAAGACUAAGUCUCCUGGUCUGUCUGGAGGAGAGAGACCUUCAUCUGUGUCCUCUGUCCACUCUGAGGGAGACUGUAACCGUCACACCCCACUCACCAACAGAGUGUGGGAGGACAGACCCUCAUCUACAGGCCCCACUCCAUUCCCCUGUAACCCCCUGACCAUGCAGAUGCGUCUCCCCAGCGGGAUGAUGCCGGGACCCUCACCUUCCCCAACGCAGCAGGGCACAUCAGCGCCUCCACAGAGCCAGACUCAACCCCGCACCUGGGAGGAAGAACCCAAACCUCUGCUGUGCUCUCAAUACGAGACCCUGUCAGACAGCGAGUGAACACACACCUCACGCUGCAUACACUAGGACUGAACGUUUGCUGCUUGUGAACAGAAACUUGUUACUGUAAACGGGGAUGUUCGUAAACACACGUACUCAUGUCCAUGCUGACAUACGGGAACAUACGUCCAUCAGCGCUCAUGCCCUCUGAUACCUCUACACACAUAAUCAUGCAUAGAGAAAAACAUCCCAUAACCCACCCAAGCGUGCACACACUCACGCCAUCAGUGGAAGUGCAUUACAUGGCUGCAGACGUGGGUUUAUGUAUCAGUGUGUUGGCGUGUGCGUCACUCCAGGACUACUUGUAGAAUGAAUCACUUGUUAGGUUAUUUUUUUUAAUCAGAGUUGACUCAUGGACUCAUGGAGCUCUUUUGUUGACACGUUUUGGAGCAUUCCUCAUUAGACUGCUCAGGACACACACUCUUAUACUGUAAUACAACAGCAAAUUGUUUAUUUUGUGUGUGUGUGGUGUAAUGCAAAGGCUGGAUGAAACCGAAAUAAGCACCACACACACACACAGGCGCGCGCGUAUGGCCUCUGAGUUCUCAUGUGCAUCUGCAGUCCUUCAUGAUGAUUCAUGUGUUGUCAAGAUGACCCUGUUAUUUUUUUAUGGAUCUGACGCUGUUAGGUCAUCUUGAGUAUUUGUGUGAUGAAACAAGACCUUCAGAAAGGCAGGGUAGCUGAUCCCUGCACUACACUCUACUGGUUUUGAAGCAGAUUUCAUUUUAUCCUGUAACGUUAUGUCCGUUCCGUGCUACUUCUGAGAGUUUAUGUGGGAGGCCAAAUCAUUGGUUUUACAGGGUCCUCAUAAUGUUCAUUUGUUAACAUCAAACCUUCAUUUUUGGCCUCUAGCUGACCAAUAAUACGUUGUCUUUUCCAUCAUCUCUCUUUGAUAGUAGAUGUCCGAACUUUUUUUAUGUACAUGCACCUUUGCAUGUUUUUUUUUGUAAUGAGUUAAGCACUUAGUCGGCAAACGGUUCCUGUCAGUGUCCUUCAGUGGAUGCCGACCUGAAUGCAACUUUUUAAACAGCAUUUAUUCUAGUUUUUCUUAUACAGAGCUUUGUUGAUUUGUUUUGUCACCUACCUUGUCAAGUGUUCCACUCUCUUGCGACAAUCACUGGCAGAGAGUUGAGCGAGUGGACGCAUCUUUAGGGGAAGCUGCUUUAUCAGGUCUGAACGUCCCAGCAGACCUGUUGUUUUUCACGUCAUCUGUUUGCUGAAGAGUUAAAGCCAUGCUGUCUGGCCAGUCCUUUUGAUAUGACACUCACUGAGAGCUGCUUAACUUUUGCUCUUUAUGCUUAAACGAAGGCUUCGGGAUGAUUUCUUUCUUUCUGUAGGGUUCAUUUGAGCAGAGAUAUCCUGCGUAAUAAAAUAAAAUUGAGGUGAGCAGACGCCACACCUCAUCUAACCUGUAGUCCUUCACUCUGUACAGUUUUAAAGAUAAUUCUAGUGUUAAGUGCCAUGUAUUUGACAUAUACAUUUCUGAAGUCAAAACUACCAAGUGAUUACGCACAGUUGUUUGUUUUUAAAUUUGUUUCUUUUCUCCUUGUUAUGCCAGGGUUGUACAAUUUGUCACGCAGGCACAAUUUAAAUCCGUGAAGGAGACAUUUACCGUGUCAGUCUCCUCUCCAAAACGCCUCAGCGGUGGGGUUACUAACUGCUUUGCAUGCAUAUUAGAUUUAAUGAAAUGUUUUAAUUCGUAUUGUUUGACUUUUAUUUGUCACAUGGUUUUACUAUGAAAGUUAUCUUUAACAGUUCGAACUGCAAUGUUCAUUGUAAUCUCCAGACUUUGUGGAUAUUUUUGGAAGCUAAUUAAAAGAUGAAACGUAAAGUUCAGCAGUGGGUUUUAUCCAGUGGGGGCUUUUGUUGUUGCUUUGAUGGUCGAGGACCGUUUUAGUGCACUACCUAGUGUGGUUUUGUAUAAUGGGGCUUUAUCUUCAGUCACUUCAAUCCCAAAUACACUCUCAUCAAGAUCCCUGAAUGGGGUGAGCGAACAGUAGCUAUACUUUUUUAUUUUUUUUAUAACCAUAACAUCUGCACAGACAUCCCAGAACGCUCUGCUCUGACUUUGAGAUUAGUUCUCUGACAUAUCACUCCAGACAGUAUUGUAUUUUGUGGACAAGUCACUCUAAAGUUUAGUGUUUUCUUGUAUAGCGAGCUCUCUUUCCUCUUUAUUGACUGUUUGUUUGACCUUUUUACUGAGGACAGUAUUGCACUUUCCUUGGAUGAGGAGGCGUUCUCAUUUGUAACUGAUAAACGUAAAUGAAGCUGAGAGAUUAAAACAAAUGAAGAGGAGAGAGAUGGGAAAACAGCGGUAAUCAUCGCCCCUCUUAAGAUUGGAAAGGUUAAGUGGGUAUUUGGGUGGCAUCUGUUUUUGUACAACCAUUUUGUGCAUAUUGCUUUUUCUUUUUUCUUUUUUUUUAAGGCCCACUGUAUUAUAGCGAGGAGUGUAAAUAGACCUAAAAGGAUGUACAUAUUUAUGUGAUUUGCUGCAAGAUUGAUAUUCACACUGUUGUAUUUCAACAUGGCCACCAGCAAGCUUUGUGGAUAGCAGUGUAAAAAUUAAACAGAAAAAAAAACAGACACUGCCUUAAUGUUUAAAUAAAAAGCUUAUUGCCAUUGA